AACUACGGAGGAGGACAUUCAUCGCAAUCUGAAACGGAUCUUCUUCACAGACAGAAUUAUGGCACCUCUCAUCAGCUUCCUGGAUAUGCUGCCACACAUUCCUCUGGUCUUUCUGGAAUAUUUGAUACAAAUAUGAACAGUGCUGGCUCUAAUACUAAAGAAUCUUCAGUGAUGAAUUUUCUAUCUGCUAUUGAAUCCCGAACUGUUCCAGCCACUACUUCCGGAGCUACUCUUUUACCACAAUUCAGGGCUUCAUCCUGGCAGACAGGUAUGCAUUCCUCAACAGCAGCUGAGCUGUUUGUUACUGGAGCUUUGCCAACCACUGGAACAUUUCCAUCUACAUCCACUCUUUCCACUUAUCAGCAUCCCAACACUUUCAGCAAUAGAAACUUUGCUACCACCCCACCUCUGACACUUCAAGAUACAACUUUCAGCAACACUUCAAAUGGUAUUUUAAAUCCUCAUGACCCUUUGCUACAAAUCAAGGCUUCACAGGGUAGUAUUCCAACCGCUUUGGCUUUUGAACGCUUGGGCAGUUCUGUGUUAAGUACCAGUGUACCUCCUCAGUCUUCUACAUAUCGUUCAGCUCAAGAGUCUGCACCCCAUCUCUUACAGCCUCAGUUUAGCUUGCUGUCUUCACCCCUCGGAGGAGCCCAGCAAGCUUCUCAAGCCUAUAGCUCAUCAGUUUUUACUGGUUCUACUACAUCCAUUGAAAGAGUCCUUCGAGAAUGUAGUGUUAUUAAGCACCAUCAGCGGCCUUCCAAUACUCAGUCUCUUCAGGCACAACUGACUGGUUCACAGCAUUCCUUACCUAGUUAUUUUUCAAAUGCGAGUGUAGCUGAUUUCCAGGAUACAACCCGGCAGCCAUCUUUAUCUUGUAACCCAAUUGGAGAUUCUACUCAGGUGAGCAAUGGAGGACCACAACAGAAGACCUCCCAGGUCUCAGUGGGACUGGCUCAGUCUUACCCAUCUACAGUUCCAUCGCCCAGCUAUCUUCCUACUUCAGAAGUAAAGAACGGCUCUACAAAGCAACCUCCAAGGUCAACUAAGACCCCCAAACCUCCAAGUGUGAUGCCUCCUGUACUCAAACAAAGCUAUUCCAAAUCUUUACACAACCAGAGUUCUGUGAUAUCAGGCCAAGCACAAAUUUAUUCUACAGCCCAGCUACCCAGCCUUUUAUCAGUUAGCCAGUCCCAGAAUUAUGCUUCCACGCAGCCACAUGCUGUGCCGUCUGUCGUUCACUCCCAGGUUCACACACACAGUAAAGCUGAGAAGUUGCCACCCUUGUAUAAAACACUGACUUUUUCUGGGCAGUCUCAAACAGUAACUUCUGAAAGUCACACAAUUAGCUACUCCUCUGAUCAGCAGCAGGUUUUCUCUUCAGUUACACACGAGAACUACUCUGCUCAAACGAGAGCGAUUUCUUCAGUUAGCCAGUCUCAGAGCUACUCUUCGGGUCAUUCUCAGGGUUUAUCUACUGUCAGUCAAUCACAAGUUUUGUCAGUGGGUAGCCCUUCAGAAAAUUAUACUUCAGGUCAAUCUCUAACAUUAACAUCACCUUCUCUUCCAUUUUCUUCACCUCAAGUUCAGAAUUUGCCAGCUUCUAGUUCCACCCAGAAUUAUAUUUCUCAAAGUGCUCAGACCCAAGGAUCAUCAUCACCACAGUCGCAAACAUUUUUGCCAACUGCCCAGUCAUCUCCUUUUGCAUCCCCUGUUCAUUCACAAACCUUACAAAAUAAUAGAUCUUCCUCUGAUGUAAAAUCUUACCCUAAAAGGAAACCUGAUUCUACUAUGUAUACAUCCUCAAAACAAGAAGAUGAUUUUCCAGUGCAAGAUUUACAAGGGUUACAGCAGCCAGCAUCUCUUGAAUCACCAAACCACAGGUUGCCUGAUGGAGAAAUUAAUGCUCAAGAUCCAGCUUAUAGAAUUUCAAAGGCAGAUGACAGGUAUCCUCAGAGUGUAAUUAGAAGUAAUUCUUGCCUUGAAGGUCAAGUUGUUGGGGUUGCUCUACAAGAGCAAGAAAAAGAGGAAAGAAUGGUCAACUCUAUGACACACCUUACCCAGUCGAUUGGGCCAAUGCCUAAUGUGUCAAGCCAUGAUAUUAAGAAAGCAUCUAAUUUAAUGCAGACUUCACAAGUAAACACCAAUACAAAGGAAUUAAACCAGCAACAUCAUCUUCUGCCUAAGGUUCAUGAAGUACAGGUUCAAGAACAACAUAGUCAAGCCAUUCACUCUUCACCACAGAUUCAAAUUCAGACUAAUGCUUUAAGACAAGUCCAUCAGCUACCCCUGCCUAGUUCACAGGUACUUCUAGAGUCUGGGUAUGACUUGCAGAUUUUUCAACAAUCAAUUUUGCAGGCAGGCUUAGGCCAAGCAAAAGCAUCAGCACAAAUCCAGCCUGUUCAGAGUUCUCAGCAGAUAGUACAUCCAUUCCUUCAGAUGGACGGUCCUAUUCUUCAGAGCAGUGGUGGACGUUCUCAGCAGCAGCUUCACCCUCAGAAUUCUGAAGCUAUUAAAGUGGAUCUCUCAGAAUCUUCUAAAGCUUUACAACAACAUCUGGCAACAAAGGGCAUUUUUAAUCAACAUGAUUCAAAGAAUCAGUUUGUUCCCCUUGGUUCAAUGUGUUUUCCAGAGUCAAUACUUCUCAGCGAUGAGAGAAACGUUUUAUCAAAUGAUGACAUCUUAGCAGCUACUGCUGCAGCUUGUGGGGUUACACCAUCUGAUUUUGCCAAAUCAGCUUCAGGUGAAACACUUCCAACAGUUGAGAACGGUGAUGGCCCCAAAUCCCAUUUUCAGCAAUCAACAGAUAUUAGGCAUGUGACGCCAGACUUCAACACUCUGACAGCCAUGGCUGGAAAACCAGAGAAUCUAAACAAUAUUUCCUUAAAUGGAGGCCAAAUUACUAUAAAUCUUUCCUCCAUACCUAUCAUUCAUUCAAAGACUAUGAAUCUUGAUCAAAAGCAUCUUGAAACUCCUGAUCAAAAUAUCACCCCCUCAGCAAUUGAGGAGCAGCAACAAAGCUCUGAUACAGUGAACAAAGCCCCUCAUAUUACUAAUGAAUCGGAAGAGGACAAAGAUAUCCCUACUGAUGGCUUGUUAAACAACAGAGACCAGGAGUUUGUUCCUAGUAGUAAAAGUCUAAGUGGUGAAAGUGCUGUUUCAGAGAAUGAAUUUCAUAUGGCUGGUGACAAUUGUGCCACAGGGGCCCAGAACAAAGUCUCACUUCCUCUAAUGGCUAUGGCACAACCUGGGGAUAUGAUCAGUGUCAAGAAUGAAGAAGAUGACCCAGAUAUAAUGCAGUUCAACCUCCAGAAGAACAGACUUACAGGAAAAGGGCUAAUGAAGGAAGAUGAUAAUAUUAGCCAGAAACAGGUGAAAUGGCCCCCACAAAAUAAACGUCAGAAUUCCAGGGGCACAGAUACAUGCUUGCCAUUUUCCCCUCCUAGUUCAGAAUGUUGUCAUGAUGGGUAUCAGCAUCAGGAAAAGAUGAGACAGAAGAUCAGAGAAGUGGAGGAGAAGCAGCCAGAAGUGAAAACGGGAUUUAUUGCCUCUUUUUUAGACUUUCUGAAAUCUGGACCCAAACAGCAGUUUUCAGCUCCUGCUGUAAGAAUGCCAAAUCGAACUCGGCGGCCAGGGACCCAGGUUGUACGUGCACCGUGCCACGCUCCACUCCCAAAGACUUUGUCCACUUCACCUGCAGUGUCUGAAGCUGGGGGCUUUAGUCCUUCUAGAAAAAUGGAUGAACUCAAGAAAAACUUUGAAGCUUUACCUUCGUUUUCUUCUGAUGAUGAAGAUUCUGGAGGAUGUAGUAAUGAUCUUCAAAAGAGCAUUUCCACUGUUUUAUCUACUUUGGAUGAUACUUCUGAUAAAAAAAAUAAAUCAGUUGCAGAAGCUGCAAAGGCCACUGCUGGUACAAUGCCAACCCCUGCUGCUGCUGCCGCCGCCGCCACCAGUACUGCCACUGCCGCCGCCACUCCCAGUGCUGCUUUGAAGCAAGAGUCUGCACACCAAGCUACGUCCCCUGCAGGAAAGGCUCCAGAAAACACAAGCUCUGCAGACCCACCAAAGCUCUCAGGCCUCGGCCUUGAUGGCGUUUCUUCAGACCAGUUGGCAAAGGUCCAGGAAGCAGCUGCGAUAGAAGGAUGUACCGAAGAGGAGAACAGCGACAGUGGAGGAGAAGGGCAGUACCGAGAACGGGAUGAGUUUGUUGUGAAGGUGGAGGACAUCGACAACCUGAAGGUGGCUUUAAAAACAGGUAAAGAACCACCAGCGAUCUGGAAAGUACAAAAGGCUUUAUUGCAAAAGUUUGUUCCUGAAAUUCGAGAUGGGCAAAGAGAGUUUGCUGCUACUAACAGUUAUCUUGGAUAUUUUGGGGAUGCAAAAAGUAAAUACAGACGGGUUUAUGUAAAGUUCAUCGAAAACACCAACAAGAAGGAAUAUGUCAGAGUAUGCUCCAAAAAACCAAGAAAUCACCCAUUACCGACAUCCAGAACUAUUCAUUCUAAGCCAAGUGGCCCCAGUAAAGUUCCUGAUCCUGCAGCACCAAGAACAACAAAAGUCUCUUCUGUGAAAUCCAAAGCUAAGCAGCCAAAGACGAAGGCCGAGCCACCGCCAAAGAAGCGGAAGAAAUGGAAGCGAGAGCCGGAGUCUCCCCAGUCUGAUGCUUCCCCUGAGACACACACGAGCGCCAGUGAGGGAGAAGAAUUUGACCCUCCAGCUCCUUCCGUCCCCCGUUUUUUGAACACAAGGGCUAUGAAAGAAACCUUUAAGAGCUACGUGGAGCUGCUUGUGAGCAUCGCCCUAGAUGCAGACACGAUGCAGGCCUUGGAGAAGAGCAGUGAUGAACUACUUUUGCCGCAUAUGAAGAAAAUUGAUGGUAUGCUGAAUGACAACAGAAGACGACUUCUUCUGAGGCUUCAUUUGGAUCAGUCACUUAAGAAUGCUUUGGAAAGUUUUCCUGAACUAACAAUAAUUACUCGGGACUCUAAAGCAAAAAGUGGAGGAUCUAUUUCUAAAAUCAAAAUGAAUGGCAAAUCUUAUAACAAGAAAACACUUAGGAUUUCCAAAUCAACCACUAAACCAACACAGGAAUUUGCUGUAGAUCCAGAAAAAAUACAGUUGUAUUCUUUAUAUCAUUCUCUUCAUCAUUACAAAUACCAUAUUUAUCUGAGAUGUAAAGAGGAGAUUUCAUCUGUGCAAAAAAAAAAUGAAGAUUUAGGACAGGAAGAAAUUGUACAGCUUUGUAUGAAAAAUGUAAACUGGGUGGAGGACCUUUUUGAAAAGUUUGGAGAACUUUUGAGUUUUGUCCAGCAAAAAUGUUCAUAAUAUCUUCCAAAACACCAUUUUUUUCUACAUGUGGGAGGAUAUUCAAUUCAAAGAGAAUUUCCAGUUCUUCAGACAAUGCAUACCUUCUUCACUUAAGGAACUUGUACCUUCGUUCCUGCUGAGGAAAUUAGUCCUUUGUAAAUGGACCUAUAACACAUUUUUAUCCUGAUGAAUGAUUUUUGUAUUUUGUAAACUAUUGGGUAACAAUUAUUUUCGGAAAUGUUUUUUGAAAAACAGUAAAGCAUGCACUAAAUAUAAUUCUUUAUUGCUACAGAGAACACUUAAAUACUUUAGUUUUUCUUGCCUCUGGCUAAACAACAGCCUGCGGUGAAAGUAAGCGUAUAUUUGCAUUUACAUCUGGCCACCAAAAUAAGAGUAUUGUACAUUUUGUAAACAGCUAGUGUGUUGUGUCAUUCUGUAAGAGAAUAUUGCUGUCAUCAAAUUCAGAAACCACAUUCUGCUGUAUGGACUCCUUUUACUCUGAACAUAUUCAGGAAACUGGAUGUGGAAUUGGUGCAAUCCUUUGACUGCUUUUUGUGUCAAAUUAUAUUGUAAUGAAAAACAAUGAACUAUUACUAUUUUCCCUGUUUUGAAGAAAAGUAUUUUCCUUUAUACUCUGUUUUCUUUGGAAAAAAUUCAAUUGUACAUUUUAUCUCACUAAUAGUUGUAUUUUUCACAGAGAAAAUAUUGUGGUUAUAAUUGUUUCAUAUAUCUUUGUAAUACACUUUGCAUUGUUUCCAGUAAACCUUAUUCAUUUAUAUGUCGACUUCCUAUUGUAAACUCUCUCUAUCUUGAAGUAACUGAUUAGUUUAUACAUACUUGCUUCAGUGUUAACCAGAACAUGCAUUCAGUAUGAGACUAAUUUUGCAUCAUAAAUGUAGUUGUGUUAGACACUGCAGUUAUUUUCUGACAUAGGAAAAUAAAUUUCUUACUAAACUAGCACUUGAUUAACUGAUUUAUUAAAAUGAAAGCUUAACUAUGGCUUACUUUCUGGUUAACAAAUUGGUAAUUAACUUUAUUAGUAUAUGCAGUGUUGAACACAGCUUACAUCAUUCUUAGAACUGGAAGUGGUGGAGUUCUCCUUUUGGUGCCUUUUCAACCUUUAAACAUGCUUUUGUAGCUUUCUUUAGUUUUAAUAGCUCGCGUUUCAAAUAGUUCUGCUCAGACAGUGAAUGUAUUAGGUUCAACAUGAUAUUAUUUCUUAUUUUUGUUUGCCAACAGGAUGCCUUAUUUGUUUGGAAGAGAUUUACUAGUGUCACUCAGCUAUUUCCUUUUUUAAGAUUUUUAAGAAAUGGUCAAUUUACCAUACUUUUGUUUAUUUUACCACCGUUUAGUGCCUUAACUCCUGCCAAGAAAGCAGUCUUCACUGCUCAGUGCCCAAAAAAAGACAUGGUUGUGUAGCCAUUGCUAGUGUCUUGAUUUUGAAUUAACAGGCUAACAUAUAAUACUUAAAACCUCAGUAAAUGUGGCUGAAAGUUGAAGAUGACAAGCAAUUUGAUUUGUGUCAAAAUACCUGUUGCACUGGGGGGGGAAAUUCAGUAUUUAGUCUUGAAUACUUAUGUUGUUUAAAGCAAUAAUACUUAAAUGUUCAUACUCAAUUGGACACAAGAUAAAAA